UACUAAUUUAUGAAUUUAUAUUGUUCUUCUACGUAGCCUUGACAGCACUAGAGCGCGUAACAAAGUCACGAAUUAAAUACAAAUGUUUUCCUCCUCCAGUGUGUCUCGUUGUUGUGUUGUCUGGCAAUAUUUUAAUUUACUAUAUGAGUGAUAAUACUUAUUUAACUAAGAAAUGUGUUAUAAAUACCGUGAUUUAUUUCAAGCACUUGUGUGUUUAAGUGUACAUUAGUUCUAAUCAUAUUCUGGUCAAGUAUCUUCGUAGUGCUAUCGAGUGACGGAACAUCGAGCGAUUUGUACAUACGUCAAUCCUAAAAAUGGCCACCACUUUUCGAGCAUGGUUACUGCUCAGUGCGGUUGGGAGCUUAACAUUAGUUUCUUCGGCUCCUGCUGCGAUACACACUACCAAAGUAAAAAAUAGUGUCGAUAAAUGUAAGCCACUGGUGAUAGCUCAUAGAGGUGCGAGCGGGUACGUACCUGAACAUACGCUGGGCGCAUACGCUCUUGCUAUUACAAUGGGAGCUGAUUACGUGGAACCAGAUCUUGUAAUGACUCGAGAUGGACACUUGGUUGCAAGACAUGAUAACGAACUCGGACUAACAACGGAUGUCGCCACGCACCCUGAAUUUUCCGAUCGCUUUAAAACUAAAACCAUCGACGGCCACGAAAUGACAGGCUGGUUCACCGAAGACUUUACUCUUGCUGAGAUCAAAACCCUUCGAGCAAUCGAACGUAUACCCGAAACGAGACCAGGGAAUGCUCGUAUGAACGGCAUAUUCCAAAUUCCGACUUUCCAAGAAAUAAUCAAUCUAGUGAAAAGCUUAGAAAUCAGCCAACAGCGUCCCAUCGGUCUCUACCCCGAAAUAAAGCACAGUACUUAUUUCCAAGGUUUGAAUCUGCCAAUGGAAGAUCUCUUGGUUGAAACAUUCCGUAAGAAUGGUUAUAUUGGUUCUUCAGCACCCGUAUACAUACAAUCCUUUGAGGUAAACAACUUGAAAUAUUUAAAAACGAUCACAGAUCUUAAACUGUUGCAACUCUACGAAAGUAAUCCUUCCGACCAGCCUUUUGACCAAGUUGUUGCUGAAACUGGACUUACAUACGCAGAUAUGGCAAUGCCUGAUGGACUCAAAGAAGUUGCUAAAUAUGCCGCUGCCGUAGGACCUGAUAAAAGUUAUAUUAUCCCGCGUAAUCAAGACAACACUCUAGGCGAACCUACGAGUUUUGUUCAAGAUGCCCACGCGGCAGGCUUAAAAGUUCAUCCGUACACAUUCCGUGCAGAGAACACGUUCCUACCCACAGAGUUUAGAAGUAAAGAUCCUUCGAAGGCUGCUAUAGGAGAUUUGUAUGGCGAGCUAAGAGCUUUCAUUGCGACUGGAAUUGAUGGACUUUUUUCAGACCAACCGGACAAAGCUGUAGCUAUAAGAGGAAACUGCAUGCAUUCCUAACUUUUGUAAAUGUAUUAUAUAAAAAUAUUUUUAUUUUAAUUUUAUUAAACUUAACCCUGUACAGUAUUUUUAAAU